AUGAAGAGAGUACCACGUUCAAUUUAUGCCGACAUAUACAUCAAAGAAGCUCAUCGUAUUAGAGGUACGCCACGUGUUGCUCGACCAUGGAGGCCUAAAGUUAUCGCUUGGGCUGGUCCAGCUGCAUUUUAUCCUAAUAGAUUUUAUGAGCCGAAUGCUUGGUAUAAAGCACGAAUAACAAAACCAUUACUUUACCCGAAAAUGUACAUCAUUGAUCCAGACAAUCAUUUAUUGUCGUUGAAGGAACGUUUAGCAGUACCAGAGAUACAAAGAUACGAUAUCGGUUUCAAGAAAAAGAAUUUGCUACCUGUACCAUCCCCACCAUCGGAGUCGAAAAAUGUUCUGAAGUGGUCUAGAAAAGUCCAGUUGACAAUAGAUUUAAAGGCAGUGGAGCAUUGGCAGUUAAGUAUUUUUCAUCACUUUCGCAUAUUUGAUGAUCUUUUUCACGCAAAUGUUUUCUUCUACAAUACGCAAAAUAUGCAGUUUAAGUGGGGCAAUAUUGGUCUAUAUCAGGGAAAUUUGAUCGAUGCCGCUGAUACAAGUAGUAAGCCAGAUAUAUCGAUUGAAUCACUAGGUGGUGGAUUCAACUCAUUCAUAUUAUUGAAUCUUGAUGGAAAUCCUUAUCACUGUCAUGGCGAAAUUAUCCAUUGGCUAGUAUCUAAUAUUCCCGAUGGCAAAUCUGUAACUGAUGGAACAGAAAUAGUUCCAUACAUGCAAAUAGUGCCGUUUAAAGGAACUGGUUAUCACAGGAUUGCUUGUUUGUUGUUGCGGCAUAAUGAAGUUGUUAAUUUAACGUCAAGGAAACCAAAAAGUUCAACACUAAUGGACCGAAUCUUCAGUGUUGGCCAGUUGUAUAAAGAAUUCGAAAAACAGUGGACUCCUUCUGCUCUUUCAUUUGCACAAGUUUCAUGGGAUGUUUCUGUUAAUGAAGCUCUUCACAGAAUUGGGAUGAAAUCACCAAUUUAUGAAUAUCAAUAUAAUCCGCCAGUGAAAAUGAAUCAGAAAGAAUUUCCAUUAAAACCACAACCGUUUAAUUUGUAUUUGGAUCAAUUCCGAGAACCAAAGGAGGUGCAUGCGGAUUUGUUGAAAAAGCGUUUGCAAAUGCGAAAGGUAGACAAAAACCCGGAACAACAUAAAUAUCCUGAUAUUGACUACGCUGAACACAAGAAGAACAUGCCGUUUUGGCAGCAUGAUAAUUUGAUGAAAGAAAAUUCUGGAUCCGGUCGAUACAAAGCUUUAUGGAGCAAUCCAAUCAGCUGA